CGUUACUGUUGGCAACGUCGACCACCCUCUCCUCCUCACUGACACUAGCGACGGCCGUAUUUCUCUUCUACGUUCACUAUCGUGUAGGCAGUGCCUUCAAUGGCUAUCAAGCAUUUUGAAAAUUUCUUAGUCGAACGGAAGCAUCUCCAAACGCUUAACCUCUCCGUGUUGUCAGACUCUCGACUGGGUAUCGAUGCAUCCUACUACAUUCAGAAUUUACUCGACAGUCCGUCUUCCAAAGAACCACUCUUGGCCGCGACAGGAGGGUCGCCUUUAGCCCUCACAACACGGGUCGAGUCCGACCUGCGAACACUCGAAAAGCUGCGAAUCAAGCCCGUUUUUGUUUUUCCAGGACUCCUUCCGAAUAGGAAGUGGAAGCCGCAUUACCAUCUGGAACAUAACGAAGCCUGCAGAGAUAGGCGUGAUGCAUGGGAAAAGUACGAGGCAGGCCAGGAGGAAGCUGCAACUAAACUGUUUGCUGGUCGGGGCUGCUUUCAGCAAUGGGAUCUGUGGCGGAUGAUCCUGAGGAUCUUCAGACAUCGAAACGUAGAGUUCAUCAUUUCACCAUAUCUCGCCUGGCCACAAUUGAUAUACCUUCAACGCCAUCCAAAAUCUUACAUUCAUGCCAUUUGUGGUCCAACAGACACGUUGCUGUACCCUGCUGUCGACAAACUCAUCACUUCUAUCGACCUCGUUUCUCCCACUCCUACUUUCACAUAUAUAUCUAAACGCGCGCUUCUGCCUGAGCUCGGCGUAACGGAAGAUCAGUUCCUUGACAUAGGAAUCUUGCUUGGUUUCGAGCACUCGCCCCCAUUCCCACCUUCCAUCCAUGAGCAGGGGCUCAAAGCGACCGUGGAUAUGGUCAAAUAUUACAAGUCAGGACACGCGGCUGUCUCUGCUUUCGCCGAACAUCCGGCAGUCAAAACCAUACAGUACACUGACCACUAUGCGCGUACACGUUCCAUGGUCAAAUACUCCUUAAUUCUUUCGUCGGAUGGUGUUGCUGUUUCCCUGCCCCUGGCUCUCAGUUCUCUUUCUAAUCAUUCUCACCAUCCCACGGCCUCCGACAUUCCGCAGGACUUGCACGAAAUUUUCACCAACCGACUUCCCGACGAGGUCUACUUUUAUCUCUCGAGGGGCCUGAUUGGACCUCAGGCCCUGGUAUGGCUGACCACCGGACAAAUCGUGGAGAGUCCUCCAUUGGACAACGGAGAAACCCAAGAAUAUAAACGAUUUGUGAAAGAGGUCAUCACGGAUGGGCAGACCGGACCGAGAGCAACAACACUUGCUCUCAUCAGCAGUGUAACGCAUAAUUCGUGGUCGACUCGGAAGGUUCACGGCUUAUUCUGGUUCGAGAAUCCCGGCAGUCAAAACCAGAAGCCUAUCCAGCACAACUCCCCUCAAACGGCACAGUUGGCCGAGCGGGUUGCAGGAUGGAAUGUACCAUACGCGAUCAUUGAGGAAGAGUUGAGGCGACAAAAUUCUGCGACAAUUGACUUCUCGCUAUGUCUGGGCGCGACUACGGAGAGGUUCGCAACACGUACUAAAGUGAAGAGCAACUCCCAAGCACCCCUUGAAAAGAAGGAUGAGAUUGUGGCCAAUGUCAUCUGGAGGUUCCUUGAGCUACGAGGGUUCCUAUUGAAUACCCAUAUGCACUCACCUCUUGCACGGGCCAUGAAUACAGCUAUCAAACAUUCACGGCUGAAUGACAAGUUCCAAGACCCGCUCUAUCUGUUUCUGGAACUGGUGAGAGCAGGUGUCAUGCAUGGCCACCUGUGGUCGCAGCGCGCUUUUAGCGGAGGACCCAGUUUCGGAACAGACGAUGAAAAAGCAAGUAUGCUCCUUGUUAUGCGGGUGCUUAGCAUAGUUCCGUUGAAUUUCAAGUCUCAGUCGUGGUCGGCACCCUUGUCUCGGGAGUUGCUCGUGUUCAAUUCAUUUGUGCGCUCUCUCACAAGAGCUUUGCGUACACUCUUGGAAGUGACGUCCCUCAACAUGCUGCUACGCGGGGAUGCUCGCAAGGCGCGGGAUGAUCUUUUAGACAUCGCGUUAUCGUUACCAUUCCAAACCGAGGUGAACACUGGUUUCGGAGUUCUCGCCAAGGUAUACUUGGAUGCUCUCACGCAUAUCAAUCGCGGGGAGAGGGUUCGUGAUCGCUAUGCCGAGGGCGUUCAGGAGGCUAAAGCGGUUGCUCUGGAAAUCUGUGAAGAAACUUUCCCUGGCGUCAAGUACCCAAAGGCAGAGGUUGAGAGAGGCUUCAGGUUCUGGGAUGUGGCGUUAACAGCGAUGAGACAGCUUCAUUCGGAGGGUGCGGUGCUGCAGGAGUUGAUUGACCAGUUCGAAGCCGCAGAAUCAUGGCUUGCGCCGAUGAGACCAUGAAAGAUGGUCAUAAAAUUAUAUAAAGCUGUCUUGUGUUGUUUGAAUGAUUAAUGGAACAUCUACUGGCUU